AUGAAUCAAGUCUGUGGUCCCAGCAUCGACAUCCGGAACGACAUCAGCCAAUUCAAGCGUCUUGAAAACUGCACGGUGGUGGAAGGCUACCUGCAGAUUCUGCUCAUGAUGAACAACAAUAGCAAGACCAAGAACCAGGAGGUGUUUCGCUCGCUGAGCUUCCCAAAGCUGACCGUUAUCACCGACUACCUCCUAUUGUUCCGUUUACCGGGCCUAGAAAGCUUGAGUACACUAUUUCCCAACCUGAGCGUCAUCCGGGGGCGCAACCUCUUCUACAACUAUGCCCUGGUGAUCUAUGAGAUGACCAGCUUGAAGGACAUUGGCCUGUACAACCUUAGGAACAUCACCCGUGGGGCCAUCAGGAUUGAGAAGAACCCCGAGCUGUGCUACUUGGACUCUGUGGACUGGUCUCUCAUCAUGGAUGCAGAGUUUAAUAACAUUGUGAGUGGGAAUAAGAAGACCAAAGAGUGUGAUAAUGUCUGCCCGGGCAUCAUGGAGGACAACCCGCUGUGUCAACAGACUACCUUUAAUAACAAACAGGAGUACCGAUGCUGGACCUCCAACCGAUGCCAGAAAGUGUGUCCCAGCCAAUGCAAGCACUCGUGCACAGACAGGGGCGAGUGUUGCCACAGCCAGUGCCUGGGCACCUGCACCGAAGCCCACAGUGACUUGGCGUGCUCUGCCUGCCUCCACUACUACCACGAAGGCCGCUGCGUCCCUGACUGCCCGCCCGACACAUACAAGUUUGAGGGCUGGCGCUGUAUCACCGAGGACCUGUGCUCCCAAGUUCAUCUGCCCAGCGACGUUCACUUUGUCAUCCACGAGGGCGAAUGCAUGCCUGAUUGCCCCUUCGGUUUUGCACGCAACGAAAGCAACCGGAUGUUGUGCAGUGCCUGUAAUGGCUUAUGCGAUAAGAUCUGUACGACCUCUGUCAUCGACUCUGUGAACGCUGCUCAGUCCCUGAAGGACUGCACCGUCAUUGCUGGCAAUCUGGAUAUCAACAUCCGUCACGGAAAUAACAUAGCGUCUGAGCUGGAGAGUUUCAUGGGCCUGAUCCAAACCGUGACGGGCUACGUGAGGAUUCGUCACUCCCACACACUCGGAUCGCUGUCCUUUCUCAAGAGUCUGCGUUACAUCAACGGGGCGGAGCUUAUAGAUCAGUUGUAUUCCUUCUCCGCCAUCAACAACCAGCACCUGCACGACCUAUGGGAUUGGACUCAGCACAACCUAACCAUCCGGGAGGGACGCCUCUUCUUCCGUCUGAAUCCCAAACUCUGUAUGUCUAAGAUCCACACCAUGUGGGAGAAAACGGGCGUCACUGCCAAGCCACAGGAGGGCGACUUCCGCAACAAUGGCGAAAGAGCCAGCUGUGAAAGCCACAUUCUCAAGAUCUUGUCCAACAGCACAUCCAGCUACACCAUCCGUCUGACAUUGGAGCGCUACCAGCCGCGGGAUUACAAAGGCCUUAUCACCUUCAUGGUCUACUACAAGGAGGCCCCUUCUCAGAACAUAACCGAGUUCGACGGUCAGGAUGGCUGCGGCUCCAACAGCUGGCACAUGGUGGAUGUGGAUCUUCCUCAAAAUAAUAACACCGACCCAAAAGUCGGAAUUCACCACCUCAAGCCAUGGACCCAGUAUGCCAUUUUCGUCAAGGCCAUUACGCUGCGGGUUGAGGAUAAACACAUUCCCGGUGCAAAGAGUGACAUCAUAUACAUUCGAACACGCCCCUCGCUGCCAACUGUGCCCAAAGAUCCCCGUGCCUAUGCCAACUCUUCCACCAAGCUCCUGGUCAAGUGGUCUCCACCCCUCUUUCCCAACGGCAAUUUGACCUACUACCUAAUCCGUUGGCAGCAGCAGCCAGAAGACCGGGAGCUCUAUCUGCACGACUACUGCUCCAAAGAACUCAAGAUUCCAAUCAGGAUCCCAGCAACAGGGUUUGAAGACAUGGAGGAGAUAACCAAGCCCACUAAGUCAGACCUGUCGGGUCCAAAGAAGGAUCCUUGCUGUCCUUGCCCCAAGACUGCCGAGGAGAAGGACCGAGAGAAGGACGACCGUGUCUUUUUGAAGCUGUUCGAGAACUUCCUUCACAAUUCAAUCUUUCUGCAGAGACCUCAAGAUCGUCGUCGUCGGGACCUUUUCGGCCUGGCAAAUGGCACUGUGUUGCACGCGGGCGCUGGCAGGGGCAACACCACGCUUGGCCCGGGCAAUAACAGCACUGAUGGGGUCCCGCCAAUUAUGGAGUACCCCUUUUCUGAGGACAAGAGUACCUCAGAGGUUUUAGAGAUUCCCAACUUGAGGCCCUUCACCGUCUACCACAUUGACAUCCAUGCUUGCAAUGAAGAGUUGGGCCACUGUAGCGUUGGCGCCUUUGUCUUUGCCAGGACCAAGCCUGCAGAUAAAGCCGAUGACAUACCUGGGAAAGUGCUCUAUGAGCGGAGCGACAAGAUGGAGGGAUGCGUUCUGCUGCGUUGGCCCGAGCCCAUCAUGCCCAACGGCCUCAUCUUGAUGUACGAGAUCAAGUACCGUUUGGGGGCUGAGCCUGAGAAGCAUGAAUGUGUAUCUCGCGAGCAAUACCGCAAGCAUCGAGGGGCUCGCCUCACCAAUCUGGGAUCGGGGAACUACUCUGCCAGCAUUCGAGCCACAUCUCUGGCUGGAAAUGGCUCCUGGACAGAGAGCAUGUCCUUCUACGUACCUCCGCCAAAACGAGACAACGAUGUCACGCUGUAUCUGGUUGUCAUUAUUCCCAUCAUUGUUACUCUCUUUAUCGCGGGACUCACAACGAUUCUCUUCUAUGUCAACAAAAAGAGAAAUAGUGACAGACUGGGGAAUGGAGUCCUUUACGCCUCAGUCAAUCCUGAGUACUUCAGCGCUGCAGAAAUGUACGUCCCAGAUGAGUGGGAGGUUGCAAGGGAGAAGAUCACCAUGCACCGGGAGCUGGGCCAAGGCUCCUUCGGCAUGGUGUACGAGGGAAUCGCCAAGGGAGUGGUGAAGGAUGAGCCUGAAACGCGUGUGGCCAUCAAAACGGUCAACGAGUCGGCCAGCAUGAGGGAGCGCAUCGAAUUUCUGAAUGAAGCAUCUGUCAUGAAGGAGUUCAACUGCCACCAUGUGGUGAGGCUUCUGGGUGUGGUCUCCCAAGGACAACCUACUUUGGUGAUUAUGGAACUGAUGACCAGCGGAGAUCUGAAGAGUCACCUGCGUUCUCUUCGCAAAGAAAACACCAGUGUCCAGGUCCUGCCCCCACUAAAGAAGAUGAUCCAGAUGGCGGGGGAGAUUGCUGACGGCAUGGCGUACCUAAAUUCCAACAAAUUUGUCCACAGAGACCUUGCGGCCAGAAACUGUAUGGUGUCAGAAGAUUUUACAGUGAAGAUUGGAGAUUUUGGCAUGACCAGAGAUAUUUACGAGACGGAUUACUACCGAAAAGGAGGAAAGGGCCUGCUGCCUGUUCGCUGGAUGUCACCCGAGUCGCUGAAAGAUGGCGUGUUUACUACCAUGUCUGAUGUCUGGUCAUUUGGGGUGGUUCUGUGGGAGAUCGCCACCUUGGCGGAGCAGCCCUACCAAGGCAUGUCCAAUGAACAAGUGCUGCGCUUUGUCAUGGAGGGAGGACUUCUGGACAAGCCUGACAACUGUCCCGACAUGCUGUUCGAGUUGAUGCGGAUGUGCUGGCAGUAUAAUCCCAAGAUGCGUCCGUCCUUCCUGGAGAUAAUCAGCAGCAUCAAGGAGGAGAUGGAGCCGCCUUUCCGGGAAGUCAGCUUCUUCUAUAGUGAGGAAAACAAGCCGCCUGACACCGAGGAGCUGGACAUAGAAGUGGAGAACAUGGAAAACAUUCCACUGGACCCCGCGGCCACCAUUCAGCCCUCUGUCACCGCACCGUCGGCGGGCACGCCACCGCCUGGCUCGACCCAGCAAUCACCCUCUGCAGCCCCUUUUCUGAGACCCUCCUCACCUGCCGCGGGUCCCUCGGACAGCAAACGCGUGGGACACGUGGCGGCCAACGGGCCGGUGGUGCUGCUCAGGCCCAACUUUGACGAGCUGCAGCCCUACGCGCACAUGAACGGCGGAAGGAAGAACGAGCGGGCGCUCCCCUUGCCCCAAUCAUCGGCCUGCUAA